AUGCGGAAGAGCAAAUCUAACAGAAAGAGCAGUUGGGUGAUGCUCACUGAGAGCGGUGGAUAUACUCCGCUGCCUGGCGAGCAGAGCCUCUAUGUAUCUCCUCCACGAACAACCUUGUCGCUGCAGAGCUCCAAUCGAAACCCCCCGAGCCAGGCUUACUCCGUUCAAUGCAAGUCAGGCGUGGUACAUCUCACGAAUAGACGGAUAGUCUAUCUACCCGUCUCGCCCACGCCAGAGUUCCAAUCCUUUGCUGUCCCGAUCCUAAACGUACAAGACUCCCGCGUCACGGCUCCAUGGUUUGGUGCGAACAAGUGGGAGGCAGUCAUACAGCCCGUUUACGGUGGAGGAAUACCAGCACAGUUUGCUGAGCUGGAGGUCACAAUGGAAUUCAAGGAGGGGGGCGCCUUCGACUUCUCUACGACAUUUGAGAGGCUACGCGAGCGAUUACGGCAAGCUUUCGAUGUGGCAAGAGAGAGUGGCCUGACCUCAGGCGAUGGAGCAGAACUUGGAGGUGGAAGAGGGGGAGGAGCGUUGUCGGGAGUGAACCUCAACUCAGUACAUCUAGAGGACUUGCCAGCAUACGAGGAUACGAGGGGGCAGAAUUCUACCGGACGUGCAGACGCACUAUCCAGUCCACCUCCUCCACGAGACAGCGUCGUAGCGCCAUCAUCGCCUCCCAGAGAUGAGAAGUCGAGUACAGCCCGGAGCCCGCAACAAGAGACCUUUGAGCCUCCUUCGGAACCACCACCAGGAUACGAAGAGGUCCAGAGAGAAAGCGUGGCCGACGAGCUUGAGCGGAGACUUCGGGAUGCGGAUGGGAAUGAUCGACGAUAA